AGCAGGGAGAGAAAUUGGAGGUCCCGGAGGUGCCUGGGAAGGAGGAACUUCGGGGGAAAGUUUUUUUUUUUCUUUUUCUUUCUUUCUUUCCUUUUUCUGCCCCUUCCCUCCCCUGGGCGCGGAUUCGGUGCGGGCGGGCGCGCAGAGGCAGGAGGAGGCGGAGUCGGCGGCCGGCUCGGGCGGGCAGUUCUCCAAAACUUUAGUUUUGGUGUCUGCUGAGAGUUUGGGUCUCAGUCGGGCGCAGCCGCCGCCGGGAAAAGAAAGGAAGGAAGGAAAGAAGGAAGGAAGCAAGGAAACUAAGGAAAAGAAAAAGGCGAAAGGAAACGAACAAGCCUCAAUUCCGUAGAGGGAGUUCAGGGAGAAAAGUUUUCGGGCGGCUUCAGGUCCCAGGCUGAGCCACUCCCGAAACUUCGGAGCGGCGUCCGGAGAAGAGUCCGGGGGCCCCACAGGGGGCGGAGGGGUCGCUGCCGGGGAUGCGGUGCUGCCCUGUGGACUCCCAGCUCUGAGACUAGGAUAAGGAGGAGGAGGAAGGAAAAGGAGGCCACCCUAGCCGCCUGUGUGUACGCGGCUCCUGGUCCUUGCCGCCUCCCCUCGUUCCUUCUAGUUGUGGGUCCGGGGCUGUCCCGGACGGGCGGAGCCCUCCCCUCGCCGGGUUAGGGGGUGCUUGCCGGGGGGGAGGGAAGCGCAGGGUGGGAGAGCCAUGGAUCCGGGCCAGCAGCAGCCACAGCCGCCCUCCCAGGGCCAGGGGCAGCCUCCGUCCCAGGCCCCCCAGGGUCAGGGUCAGGGACCACCGACCGGCCCCGGGCAGCCGGCGCCUCCGGGGGCUCCGGGUUCUCAGGCUGCGCCGCCGCCGCCCCCAGCUGGGCAUCAGAUAGUGCACGUCCGGGGGGACUCGGAGACCGACUUGGAGGCGCUCUUCAACGCCGUCAUGAACCCCAAGACUGCCAAUGUGCCCCAGACGGUACCCAUGCGCCUCAGGAAGCUGCCCGACUCCUUCUUUAAGCCACCGGAACCCAAAUCGCACUCCAGACAGGCUAGCACUGAUGCAGGGACUGCAGGAGCUCUGACUCCUCAGCAUGUCCGAGCCCAUUCCUCUCCAGCCUCAUUACAACUAGGGGCUGUUUCACCUGGGACACUUAGCCCCUCUGGAGUAGUCUCUGGCCCAGGAGCUGCACCCACCGGUCAACACCUCCGACAGUCUUCUUUUGAGAUCCCAGAUGAUGUACCUCUACCAGCAGGCUGGGAGAUGGCCAAGACAUCAUCUGGCCAGAGAUACUUUUUAAAUCACAUCGAUCAGACGACAACAUGGCAGGAUCCCAGGAAGGCAAUGCUUUCCCAGAUGAAUGUUUCAGCUCCCACCAGCCCACCAGUCCAACAAAACAUAAUGAAUUCAGCCUCGGGGCCCCUUCCCGAUGGAUGGGAACAAGCCAUGACCCAGGAUGGAGAAAUUUACUACAUAAACCAUAAGAACAAGACCACCUCUUGGCUAGACCCAAGGCUUGACCCUCGUUUUGGUAAAGCCAUGAACCAGAGAAUCAGUCAAAGCGCUCCUGUGAAGCAGCCACCCCCUUUGGCUCCCCAGAGUCCCCAAGGGGGUGUAAUGGGUGGAGGUAGUUCCAAUCAGCAGCAACAGAUGAGACUGCAACAGCUGCAGAUGGAAAAAGAGAGACUUCGACUAAAGCAUCAAGAACUGCUUCGGCAGGUGAGGCCACAGGCAUUGCGGAAUGUCAAUCCCAGCACAGCAAAUUCUCCAAAACGUCAGGAAAUAGCUCUCCGGAGCCAAUUACCAACAAUGGAACAAGAUGGUGGAACUCAGAAUCCCGUGUCCUCUCCUGGAAUGAAUCAGGAACUGAGAACAAUGACUACAAAUAGUUCUGAUCCCUUUCUCAACAGUGGCACCUAUCAUUCCCGAGAUGAGAGUACAGACAGUGGGCUGAGCAUGAGCAGCUAUAGUGUACCCAGAACCCCAGAUGACUUCCUAAACAGUGUUGAUGAAAUGGAUACAGGUGAUAGUAUCAGCCAAAGCAACAUACCCUCACAGCAGAACCGUUUCCCAGACUACCUUGAAGCCAUUCCAGGGACAAACGUGGACCUUGGGACACUGGAAGGAGAUGGAAUGAAUAUAGAGGGAGAAGAACUGAUGCCAAGCCUUCAGGAAGCUUUGAGUUCUGACAUCCUUAAUGACAUGGAAUCUGUUCUGGCUGCCACCAAGCUAGAUAAAGAGAGCUUUCUUACAUGGUUAUAGAAGCCUCAGGGAGACUGAAUUCUGCAUCUGUGAAGGAUCUAAAGAAAUAAGACAUUUGUAUCGUCAUUUUCCAAAUAAGCCACUGUGGCAGACUUUUGGCUUACUUAGAGCUGAACCAACAUCCAGCAAGAUUCUUUCAUCCCAAUAUUUUGCUCUUCCUUGUCCAUUGCUGCUGUUAUAUAUUGCUGACCUCUUUCACAGUUGGCUCUGAAGAAUCAACAACUUUUGUUUUGAUCUUUAUUUCUAUUGCUGUUGCAACUACUGUUCAUUUUGGGGGUUGGGGGAAAUGAGCCUGUUUGGCUGAUGAAUACCAUUCCUUUUGCCCAAUUAUGUGUUCACCUAUCAUUUUAGCUAAGUACGCUGACUUGUGAGUUAAAUGCUACGUGUUGCAGCUUGUAGUUUAUUCAAGUAGUUGUCUCUUCAGCUGCCUGUGGCAAGUGGAAAAACAUGACUUACUGGUCUGACAAGCCAAAAAACGGUGUAUCUGAUCUAAAGAACUCAACGCUGACACAGAGGAGGGUGCAGCUCAAACCAAGAGUGAUGAUUGUGUCAGAUAUUCAGUAUUUUCCACUAUUAACUCUGUCCUAAGUCACAUAGCGCUCUGGAUUCUACUUUACGGUAUUAAAAGGCAUGGGACAAUUUCUGUAGAAACACAUUAUUGCCACAUACUCUAGCCUAAUUUUUGUCUGUCAUUAAUUAAACAAUUUAUCAUAUUAGUGAACAUAGUAGUUUUAGUUUGGGAGGGUUAUUGUAGUUUUCUUUAUGGUGAAAUCUACAUUUCCUGGUUUCGUAGUCUUAUUUAAAUCUUGAUUGUUUGCCCUUUUUUAUACAUAUAUAUUAUAUAUACUUACAAUAUGUUUAUGUUAGACUGAUAGUUGAAUAUAUAGUUUUAUAUGUUUCCCUCUUAACUUUUCAGUUUAUUUUUUAAAAGGUAGUUUUGAAUGUAUCCAUUUAGAAUACACGACCAGUGGCUUAUUUUUCAUGCCUAUUACUAAAAUGUGUAGUUUAAAUCUGUUUGGGGGCAGUCCAAAGGUAUGUAGCAGGGAGAGAGGGGAAGUGUUACAGACAGAGGUCCUGCAUCAGCACCCUGCUCUCUGUGGGCACAAAAUAAAUAUAAUCUGAUCAAUUUAAGUGGAACAAACCAAAAAAAAAAAUGUGUUGUUUUUUUUUUUACCCCCCUUUAAGCUCCAGCCCACAUGGGCUCCUCAAAAUGUUAGUGAAAUCAGUAAGGAAAAUAACAUUCACAGCAGAAGAAGGCUAUAUUAAAAGUUUUUCCUAACUCUCAUCUUAGAAGACAAUGUUAGAAAGAAAGCCUUAUGCAAUUAAUUUAACAAACAUUUGCUGAACCACCUACAACAUACUGUGCUGAGCUCUGGGGGAGAAAGUUUGGACUAUAAAAGGUCACCACCACACAUGCUAACCAGACUGUCCUAACAAAAUGCGAGAACCUCUGUGCUGGAAAAUUUGCCCUAGACAGACUGUAGAAGACUUAUAAGGCUAUGUGUUAACUGGCAAAGGGAUCAGGUAAUUAGUUCAGUGCAUUUUGAUAGAUGAAUUGAGCACAGCGAUAGAGACAUGAUUAUAUCUUUAUUUUAACAGGAAGAGAUGUUAGACUGUAUUAUCUGUGCAAGUAAAGACAGUUCCAAAGAGUAUUUUUUUUUAAUGAACAAAAUGAGCAAUGAAUCAACUCUUCAGUAUAAGCUAUGAAGUAUUUUUUGUUUGUUUGUUUAUCAUUUAUAGAGACACCAGCUAGCACCUCUCUACUUAAGGGUCUGUCAAUGUUUCCGUGAUAAAUCCUUAUUUUCAAGGGUUUUAUAACUUAGUCAUUAAGAAAAAAAAGAAUCCUGGCUGAAGCUUGGUUUGAAAAGUCUUGGCUCAAAGGAUAUGUAUUUUUUUUUCUAAUUAUGCAUUCUGGGUAGUUUGGCCCUUGGAUUUAGAGGAGUGCAAAAGUGAAAGCAAGAACUUUUAUGUUAGAAAAUGUCAGUGCUCCAGAAGCUCAAUCACUGUCUUGUAUAUAAUGAUUUUCAGGUUGAUGGUUCAUAGUUGACUUUAGGAGUUUUUAUUAAACAAAAAAGCAGUGGAGAAAUUGAGUAUGGGGAAAAUACACUGUGUAAGUGUGCUAAUCUUUUAGAACAAUAGAAUACUAUUUAGAAAUGCACAAUAUAGUAUGUAGAUGGUACAGCAUGUUUUUUUUUUCUUAAUGUGCAGAAGAUCAAAGCUACUCUGAAGGAGAACUAAAAUUCUCUUCUGCCACUGGCAAAAAUUAAUGUUUCCUCUUCAGUAGUAGCACAUAAACUUGGGGGUCUUGUAAUGUUAAUGGGACCUUGAUAGAGAUUUUAGGGUUGUUGGUUUUUUCCCCUUCCCUUCCAUAAAUAUCACACUGUCUUGCCACUUGGUCAUUUAAAAGAAUAUUAUUCCAAAAUUGAAAGUCAUUUAAGGAAUCGGACAUAAAAUCACAAAACAAGAAUAUCUAGAUCUUAUAAUUUCCCUUCUACUUUAACUUGCCAAUUUAUACCUUAAUGUUGUAGCUUCUCAGCACACAUCACUGUAUACCGAUGUCAGACAUCUAGUGUGCUGGAGUGAGUAACAAGGCUUCUUUCUUUCUGGAGUUCAAGUCACAUCUGUGAUGUUACUUUUAAUAUUUUAUUUUUCCUAUUUAGUUUUUUAAAACCGCUUAAAACUUCUUAUUGGUAGAUUGGGGAUAGCAUUGAAAUGGGAUCUGACCUUAACUGGGUAUUCUUGAAUUGUUUUUUAACACUAAACCAAUUUUGUAAUCCUUAGGUUUAUCAACCUUUUAACACUCAUGUUCUUUUCAAACAGGCUGAAAAAUUCUUCCAAGCCAUUUGUCCACUUGAUGGUCCAAAUUACUUUGGUUUUUCUGAUCGUCAAAAGAAAAUGUUGAUGACGUAGAUUUUAAAAAAAUAAAAGCAUAAAUACCUUUUUAAAGAAGACUUGGUUGAUUAAAGCAAUAUUUUAAUCAGAGAAUUGAGUGGUCUUAAAUACAUGUUCAGCAUUAAAUAGCUGCAUUGUGUACUUUGUCAGGAAAACUGGGAAAUAUCAAUAAAUAUGUGACAAAAAAAAUCAUACCAAUCAGUGUUGGAGCUUAAACAAUGCAAAACGGGGAGACAAUUUCAGUAUGAUUACAGUUACAUAGCUUUUGCACAUCUUGGAAAUGAGUACUCAGAUGAAUUUCACUUUGUAAGCAUGUUUUUAUAAGAAUAGUGGGUGUGCCUAUCUAAACAAAACUUCUGUAUCUUGAAAAAGUACUCUCCACAUUUUAAAUGUUUUAUAGUAGAGAAUUAAAUGAACACUUGUCAAAUAUAUAUAUAUAGUACAAAUGUUACAUUUUUGUUUUAGAUGUAAGAGCAUGCCAGUAUGUUAGGUACCUACUAUACUGUUACAUUAUUUUUUCCUUAUGUAAUACUUUUUCAUUUGUUUAUGUGGUAUAAAUAUAUACUUUAUGCUUAAACUCACCUUUGUUGUUUUUAACAGUUAGUAAUAUUUAAAGCCGUUUUGGUUUCUUAGUUAUAGAUAGCAUUUGGAUUUUUAAGUCCAGUUAUGGUGUUUUUGUUUUGUUUUGUUUUGCUGGUUUUUUUAAGCCUCUGUACUCAUCACUUAGCCACCUGUGCAGUCAUGGGCUUUUGUCACUUGUAACACACAGCAGCAUCGCUCUUCAUGUUUCCUGAGGACUUGCUAUGCAUAACAACACAGCACCAAGAAAAGUGGGAAGAAUGUAAUUCUAUUUUCUGUGACAGUCUGCAGUUUUAUUUCCCCAAUCUGUCCUCUUGGUGCCCUGGAAUUUCUUCACACAUACAUUUAGUGAAUACCUCAUUUUGGCAGAUUCUAGGCUUCAAAUGUUUGU